CCGCACGCGAGGUAUCGCCAAGGUCGCACGAUGUCCCACACUAGCGGAGCGAGCUCUUCGAGCUCGUCUUGCGCAGCAUGUAAAUUUACACGACGGAAGUGUACGGCCGAAUGCGUAUUCGCACCUUACUUUCCUGCAGAUCAGCCUUUGAAGUUUGCGAAUGUGCAUAGAAUUUUCGGGGCCAGCAAUGUCACCAAGAUAUUGCAGGACUUGCCAGAAUCGAGCCGAGCAGAUGCGGUGACCUCGUUGGCUUUCGAGGCCGAGGCGAGAAUGAAGGAUCCGGUUUACGGAUGUUCGGGCGCCAUCUCGUUGACGCAGACAAGAAUCCUGGAGUUGCAAGCAGAAAUUCAGGAACUGGUGGACCAAGUACACCAUUUGGAGGAGAAGAAGCCCAUGAGAUUGACUUAGGGGUCAAGUGGUACCCCCAAUCCUUCAACCGUCGUUAACGACGGUCGAGGCUGGGGCUGUAACCAGGAUGGUUUCAGCAUGCCAAGGGUUUCGUUUCCUGACAUGUCUUGUGUGUAAUUAGUCAAACCGUAAUAGCACGUUGCAGACUACAGUUGAUCUCAGGAAUAUAGCUAGUGAUCUGUACAUAUUAAACCCGAGUAUUAUACAUAGAGUAUAAUACAGUGUAAUACAG